ACUAUCCCAUGGAUGUCAGGUGGAAAAAAAUAUUUGUGAAAUAGCCAAAUUAUUCGGUAAUACAACAACAUUCUAGGCAGCAAACAAAUAUGAAUUGGCAUACAGGUACUAUUGCAGAGGCUGUGGCGGAAUCUAAAGCCAAAGAUGCCAUCUUCGUUCUCUACAUUCAAGGUCAGGACGAGAUGACAGCUAAACUGGAUAGAUUUCUGAACGAUGGGCGCGUGACCUCGAAGCUGCAAACAUCCGACUUUGUGGCAGUCAAGAUACAGGGCGACAGUGAAGCUUACGCUAUGUUUAUAUCGCUCUAUAAAGUGGUGCCAGUGCCAUCAAUCUUCUUUAUUGGUAAAUCUGGCACCCCGCUAGAUAUAGCCACAGGCAUCAUUGGCAGCGUCGAGGAGCUGGUGGCCAAAAUCGAUAAAGUGCUGCUGCUGGCGGGCAAGCAGGCAAAUCCGGAUGCAACCACGAGCAGCGCAGUUGCAAACGAGGCCAAUACACAGCAGGAAACAGGUCGCACAAUUGCCGGUGCAGACAGUACCGAAACAAAGGAACAGGCAUUUGAGCAAGCGGCGGCCAGGAACACAACGCAGGCAGCCGAGCAGAAAUCUGAGAUAACAGUGGCAGAGCCGGAACCGGAACCGGAAGAGCCAGUUAUACCCGAACCCAUUGCUGCGGUGGAAUCAAGCUCGCGGCUUGAAACAGUUGAUCCGCCAAAGCCUGCAGCUGCGCCUCAAACGGCUGCUGCGCCCGAGCCAACUGUGGCGGCGAUGUCAGCGGCAGCAGCUGCAGAGAAGCGUGCGGCCGCAGCUGCAGCCGCAGCCGCAGCUCAAGAAACAACAACAGCAGUGCUGCCAAAUGGGAUGGCCCCUAACUUGCCCAUUGCUAUGCCAUUAGUACCCCCAAGCACACAGAGCGGCGCACAUGCGUCCACUGAGGAGACGAAUAUGAGCAUGUCGCAAAUUCAAGUGCUUGUGGAGCAGCGCAAGCAAGAACGCCUCGAGGAGCAAAAGCGACGCGACAAGGAGAACGAGCUGCGACGACGUCGCGAGGGACGCGAAGCGCAGGCCCAGAAAGUUAUCAGCCGCGAGCAGGAGCUAAAACAGUUGCAAGAGCGCAUACGUCGCGAGCGCCAGCAGGAGCAGGAGACACGUGAACGAAUUCUUGCGCAAAUUGCUGCCGAUCGUGCCGAGAUGGCGAAUCGUGCAUCCGCGAAUGCCGAGGCGCAGAGUGUUAACACGUGCACAACGACAUCGGCUGUUGUGCAGGACUUUUCUGCCACAUCGGUGCAGGAGACGCGUUUGCAAAUCCGUUUGCCAGGCGGCAUUACGCGCACCAAAGCAUUUCCCGUGGCAGAGCCACUGACCACCGUGCGCGGCUUUGUGCUGGAAGAACUGCUUGCCGGCAGCAACAUACGCGAAUUCACACUGGCCACAAGCUACCCGAGACGUGAGUUCAAAACCGAGGAUGAGACAAAGACGCUGGGCGAGCUGAAUCUGGUGCCCAAUGCGGUGUUGUUGGUACUCAAAGGCGAGCAAACGAAUCGCGUGGUGCGCAGCAGCAGCAAUCUGAUGAACAUUGUGACCAGCAUGAUUUGGGCAAUACUCACACCGGCGGCCGUCGCAUUCGAUUACAUCAACAAAAUGGGUUUCCAGCGUCUGCGACAGCGCGUCAUGCAAAUGGUGUCCAAUGUCGGCUGGUCGAAACCUCCAGUGCGCCCCGCGGCCAACGGCGAUGGCACCAUGCAACGCAAUAUGGAUUUGUUUAUGCUGCGCACGACAAGUGGUACACCGGGCCUCCAACAGGCAACUCCACAAAAUGCAGUUGGAUCGCCGGCCCAUCAGGCAAAGCCGACGCUCGUCUCGCACAGCGAUGCGGAUGCCGCAUCUGGACAUGACCUGACACAACAGCGCUCCGGUGGCAUUAAGCCAGCGCGUUAUGGUGAAUCGAAUAUACGUCGAUUGGCAGAUAGCGCAAAGGACGACGACGAGGAUAAGGCCACCUAUAAUGGCAACUCCACACAACAGCAAUAAACUACAAAUUACAAAUAGCUAUAAAUUUUCUCAAUAACCAUGCCCGUUACAUUCACAGCUUCAAGGAUAUGCAGCCUGAAAUUUAAUAUUAACUAAAUACAAAAGUAAAGGAAAUCAACUAUA